AUGCAGCUUGCCAUAGCCGAUGAUGGGGAAGUGGUCAAGGGAAAUGAAGAAAUAUCCGAUCAUGAAAAUGAAGUCGAUCAAGUGGCCCUCGAAUCCGAACCGGAACCUCAGCAGGCGCAAAAGGUGCACUAUCAACACAAUAUGCAACAGCAGCCUCCCCAAGGCCCCGGGCCGGCGAGAAGCAAUAAUCAAGGCAUCCCUCUGGCAUUGGGUCAACCUUUUGGACCUCCGCCACCACCCUCACAGCUGGCCUAUCAGGGGCCUCCACCACCGCUGCCACCGCAAAGGGCACCGGCUCCUGUACAUGUGCCCCAGGCUUUGCCCGAUCUGAGUGUAGGUGCCUCUACCACCAAUGAGAUUUGGGCCUCACCCGUGCAAGAUAUGGCCAAGAUUAUAUCGCUCGAUGUUAAAUGCGAAAAGAAUGGCAUGAAAGUUUUUGUGCAAUUCGACAAACCCUUCUAUGGCAUUGUCUUCUCCAAGGGCCACUACAGCAAUAUGAACUGCGUGCAUUUGCCCUCGGGGCUGGGGCGUGCCUCGGCCACUUUCGAUAUAGGCCUACAUGAGUGUGGCACCUCGGGCAAUACUGAAAAUGGGCUCUAUGGCUAUGGCCAUGAAUCUGGUUCGGGUACCUAUUUCGAGAAUAUCAUUGUCAUACAGUAUGACCCUCAGGUGCAAGAGGUCUGGGAUCAGGCUAGGAAAUUGCGUUGCACUUGGCAUGAUCAGUAUGAGAAGAGUGUUACCUUCAGACCCUUCCCCGUUGAUAUGCUGGACGUGGUUAGGGCCGAUUUUGCCGGAGACAAUGUGGGCUGCUGGAUGCAGAUACAAGUGGGCAAGGGUCCCUGGGCUUCAGAAGUAUCGGGACUGGUGAAAAUAGGCCAGACCAUGACCAUGGUCUUGGCCAUCAAAGAUGAUGACUCCAAGUUUGAUAUGUUGGUUAGAAAUUGUGUGGCCCAUGAUGGCAAGAGGGCUCCCAUACAAUUGGUCGAUCAGAGGGGUUGUGUCACCAGGCCCAAGCUUAUGUCACGCUUUACCAAGAUUAAGAACUUUGGCGCUUCCGCCUCGGUGCUUUCCUAUGCACACUUCCAAGCCUUCAAAUUCCCUGAUUCCAUGGAGGUGCACUUUCAAUGCACCAUACAGAUAUGCCGUUAUCAAUGUCCUGAUCAGUGUUCUGAUCCCAAUCUCCAAGAAGUCCAUCACUUGCAAGUAGGUCCUGAAUCUCAAUAUGGUCCUCCACCACCACAAUUGCAUGUGGACACCUAUCAUGUGGGCAGUUCGAUUGGAAAGCGAAGAGAUGAACGCCGUGUGCAACGUCGUGCCCGUGCCGUAGAUCCCAAUGAGCCUCAGGUGGGCUUAAAUCGCAUCAUCAAGGUGGUCUCCUCGGGUGACCUAACAUUUGCCAUCGAUGAGAAUGCCAAUACAACAGCCACAGCAGCAGCCCAGACCAUGGUCUUCCCAGCCCGGGAGGAUGGUCUCAUAUGUAUGACCACACCAGGUUUUGCGAUAACCCUCAUAGUACUGCUGGGCAUUUUGAUAACAUCAUGCCUAAUAUCGGCCGUUCUCUACAUACGUCUGAGACCGUUUUCUUUGAUUUCGAAAAAAGAACGUGCGGUGGCCUUCACCAAUCCCCAAUUGACGGGAACUCUGCCAGUUAUUCAAAUACCAGCUCCCACGCCAAGUCAUCAUGGUACUCUAUCGAAAAAUCGACAGCAUACAUAA